CAUCGAUCGACGUCUCAGGUUGCGCCGCUUGUCCGUUGCUGGAGAAUACGAUGGCCACGGCGCGUUACGUCCUCCUGGCUGCCCGAGCUCUCGUCGUCACCGUGUUGUUGGCCGCGGCGGCGGCGGCGGAGUAUGUCCGGCCCCCGCCCGGGCGGAUCAUCCUCACGGAGCACACGGAGCCCGCCGCCCAUCCUCAGCAGGUCCAUGUGUCGGCCGUCGGGGCGACGCACAUGAGGGUGUCGUGGGUCACCGACGACAAACGCGCGCCGUCGGUGGUGGAGUACGGCAGAGCCUCCCGGAACUACACCGCGUCGGCGGCCGGCGAGCACACCUCGUACCGCUACUUCCUCUACACCUCCGGCAAGAUCCACCACGUCAAGAUCGGGCCCCUGGAGCCCGGAACCGUGUACUACUACCGGUGCGGCAUGGCCGGGAAAGAGUUCAGUCUCCGGACGCCGCCGGCCGCGCUGCCCAUCGAGCUCGCCCUCGUAGGGGACCUGGGCCAGACCGAGUGGACGGCGUCGACGCUGGCGCACGUCGGCAAGGCCGACUACGACAUGCUGCUGGUGCCCGGCGACCUGGCGUACGCCGACACGCAGCAGCCGCUGUGGGACACGUUCGGGCGGUUCGUGCAGCGGCACGCGAGCCGGCGGCCGUGGAUGGCGACGCAGGGCAACCACGAGGUGGAGGCGGCGCCGCUGCCGCCGGUCCCGGGCUCGCCGCCGCCGUUCGCCGCCUACGGCGCGCGGUGGCCGGCGCCGCACGAAGAGAGCGGCUCGCCGUCCAACCUCUACUACUCCUUCGAGGCCGCCGGCGGCGCCGUGCACGUCGCCAUGUUGGGAUCGUACGCGCCCUUCGACGCCGGCUCCGACCAGUACCGGUGGCUGGCGCGGGACCUCGCGGGGGUGGACCGGCGCGCCACGCCGUGGCUCGUGGUGCUGCUGCACGCGCCGUGGUACAACACGAACGCGGCGCACCAGGGGGAAGGCGAGGCCAUGCGGGAGGCCAUGGAGCGGCUGCUCUUCGAGGCCCGCGUCGACGUCGUCUUCGCCGGCCACGUCCAUGCCUACGAACGCUUUAUAAGGGUGUAUAACAACGAGGCAAACCCGUGCGGACCCGUGUACAUCACCAUAGGCGACGGCGGCAACAGAGAAGGCCUUGCCUUCGACUUUGAGAAGAACCACAAGCUGGCGCCGUUGUCGGUGACGAGGGAGGCGAGCUUCGGGCACGGACGGCUGAGGGUGGUGAACGAGACCACGGCGCACUGGGCGUGGCACCGCAACGACGACGCCGAAUCCGUCGUCCGCGACGAGCUCUGGCUGGAGAGCCUGGCCGCCAACGGCGCGUGCCGGCAGCAGGGUGACCCCGCCGCCGCCGAUUCAUGGAACGAUGAGUUGUAGACUUGUAGUAGCAUCUUGAUCGGGCCCCCUGAUUUUGUUGUUGUGUGCGCAGAAAAGUUGCAUGUCACGAUAACGACACGGCGGGCCCUGCCCCCACUCUGAUAUAACUUUCUCGCUCCGUGUAUGUUAGUAUCAGGGUUGUUUGGAUCCUUAGCUAAAGUUUAAUCUAUAUCACAUCGAAUCUUCGGAUGCUAAUUAGGAGGACUAAA